CUCUUCAUCUGCGUAUUCUGUGGGCGGUGCGCGUUGUCUGCCCCGCUGGCAGCUUGGAGGCGGAGCGCCAAGCUAGAGAAGCCAUUCAUACUUUGUUAAAGGAUCGGAGCAUUCUGUUAGCGGCCGAGAAGAAUCCGGCAUCCGCACAAUUGAAUGAGACGUUAGCGCAUUGAGAGCCUAAGAUGUAUCCUAGCUCCGAACAGUCUAUCAGAAACCCGCAUGAACUCUAUUAUAAGAAUAUUAGGAAGAUAAAAGAGAGCAUGGAGAAAAACAACAGAAAAAGAAAGCUACGUGUUUGUGUUGCCACUUGCAACCGUGCUGAUUAUUCCAAACUGGCCCCCAUCAUGUUUGGCCUAAAGGCAGAUCCAGAUAACUUUGAGCUUGACGUGGUGGUUUUGGGCUCCCAUCUAAUUGAUGAUUAUGGGAACACAUAUCGAAUGAUAGAACAGGACGACUUUGACAUUCACGCUAAACUUCACACAAUUGUGAGAGGUGAAGAUGAAGCAUCCAUGGUGGAGUCAGUUGGCCUGGCACUGGUUAAGCUGCCUGAUGUGCUCAACAGGCUGAAACCAGAUGUGAUGAUUGUGCAUGGCGAUCGUUUUGAUGCCUUGGCUCUUGCCACUUCUGCAGCUCUCAUGAACAUUCGAAUCUUGCAUGUGGAAGGUGGUGAGGUGAGCGGCACUAUUGAUGACUCCAUCCGGCAUGCCAUUACAAAGCUAGCACAUUACCAUGUGUGCUGUACUCACACUGCUGAGCAACACCUCAUUGCUAUGUGUGAGGACCAUGACCGCAUCUUGUUGGCUGGCUGCCCUUCUUAUGAUAUGCUCCUUUCUGCUAUGAAUAAGGAUAAUUAUAUGAGCAUCUUGGAAACCUGGUUAGGAGAAGAUGUGAAGCCAUACGAGUACAUAGUCGCAGUACAGCACCCAGUUACCACAAACAUAAAGCAUUCCUUAAAAAUGUUUGAACUGACCUUAGAUGCCUUAAUUUCCUUCAAUAAGAAAACAUUGAUUCUUUUUCCUAAUAUUGAUGCAGGUAGUAAAGAGAUGGUCCGUGUAAUGAGGAAGAAAGGAAUUGAACAAAAUCCCCAAUUCAGAGCAGUAAAGCAUGUACCAUUUGAACAGUUUAUCCAGCUGGUGGCUCAUGCUGGGUGCAUGAUUGGCAACAGUAGCUGUGGCGUGAGAGAGGCUGGAGCCUUUGGAACACCAGUAAUCAACCUUGGGACUCGACAGACUGGAAGAGAAACAGGUGAAAAUGUACUUCAUGUACGGGAUGCAGAUACACAAAAUAAAAUACAUCAUGCAUUGGAGCUACAGUUUGGGAAAAAAUAUCCAUGCUCAAAGAUAUAUGGUGAUGGGAAUGCAGUUCCAAGAAUUCUAAAAUUUCUAAAGACGCUAGAUCUGAGUGAACCACUGCAGAAAAAAUUCUGCUUUCCUCCUGUCAAAGAAUGCAUUUCUCAAGACAUUGACUUUAUUCUGGAGACACAAAGUGCCCUUGCUGUGGACCUAGGAGGGACCAAUCUUAGAGUGGCUAUUAUCAGCAUGAAAGGAGACAUAGUGCAAAAAUAUACAGAAUCUAAUCCAAAAACCUAUGAAGAGAGAAUUGAGCUAAUUUUGAAAAUGUGUGUGAAGGCUGCAUCCGAUGCAGUACGCUUCAAUUGUAGGAUACUGGGCGUGGGUAUUUCAACUGGUGGCCGAGUAAAUCCUCAUGAAGGAGUGGUCCUCCACUCCACCAAGUUGAUUCAGGAGUGGAACUCUGUUGAUCUAAGAACACCCAUAUCUGAUGCGCUCCAUCUUCCUGUUUGGGUUGAUAAUGAUGGAAACUGUGCAGCUUUAGCAGAAAAAAAAUUUGGUCAUGGGAAAGGAGUUGAAAACUUUGUUACAGUCAUCACAGGGACAGGUAUUGGAGGUGGAAUUGUUCACAACAAUGAACUGAUUCAUGGCAGCGGUUUCUGUGCAGCAGAGUUGGGACACAUAAUGGUGUCAGUUGAUGGCCCAGAGUGCAUGUGUGGGAGCCAGGGCUGCAUUGAAGCUUAUGCAUCAGGAAUGGCACUGCAGAGAGAGGCCAAGAAGCUACAUGAUGAGGACCAACUUCUGGUUGAAGGCAUGUCAGUAAAGAACGAUGAGCCUGUCACUGCUAUUCAUCUCAUUCAAGCUGCUCAAAUGGGUAAUUCAAAAGCAGACAGCAUUUUAAGAACAGCUGGAGUAGCUCUUGGUGUAGGAAUCGUAAACAUUCUUCAUAUGGUGAACCCCUCUUUGGUGAUCCUCUCUGGAGUGCUAGCCUCUCAUUAUGAAGGAAGUGUCAAGCAUGUGAUCAGCCAGCGGGCUCUGUCCUCCGCACAAGAAGUCAGUGUGGCUUCCUCCUUUUUGAAGGAGCCAGCUCUUCUGGGAGCAGCCAGCAUGGUGUUGGACUACGCCACACGAAGGAUACACUGAAGGAGGCAACUGACCCUUGACUGUCAAACCUGAAACUUUUUUUUUUUUUGUUUUAAUUUGAGGUACUAAGGCAGGUACUCUUACAUAAACUUUGUUAAAAUGUUGAAAGGAAAACAUGAAGGUGUUUAAGUACCAGGUAAACUGGAUGACAAAUCAGGCAAGUAUAUAUCCAACAGACGUCCGUAAAGUGAAUUAGUUUACCGUAAAGCUACGUGUGCUUACUUUCCUAAGAUUAAUAGGUCUGACUGACCCUCCUGCUACUUAGUUUGGUAUAGUCCCUCUUUUUAUAUAUAGGAAUUCCCAGAAUUUUUAAAGACGUCCAACAUGAUAUUUCAUAUCUGGAUUUUAUAUGAGAUAACAAGAGUUAAAAUGGUGUUUCAUGUUUCACCUGAAUAACAAUCUGAAUUGAGCUGUCAUCAGUGGUCAGCUGGUCAUUCAUGAAGGUGCCAUCCCAGCAUUGGUUGACGGGGCACAGAUGAACAUUUAUUUUUUUUAAUUCCUUGUCUGGUCUUCUUGCUUCUUGUUCUUUUAAAAGUACAGUAGUUUCUGUUUGUUAAGUCAGUAGGUGGGCUCUUACCAAUGUCAAAGUUUUUUCUUAGACAUUUUUAAAAAGAAAAUACAGAACACUGUAAAGUGCGCUGUCCCUAAUGUUUGAGACAAAGGCACAUCAUAUUUCGUUGAUUUGUCCCUGGGCUUCACAGUUUUAAAUGUGUAAGCUAACAGUUCACUUGUGAUUAGAGUGCACAUUCUAAGAUCUUAUUAAGAGGUAUUUUUGAUACAUUUUGGUUUCACCAUGUAGAUAUGACAGCAUUUUUUACGUGUUGCCCACCCCCGGCAUCCCCAUUUCAUGUUUGGGACACAGUAAUGGUAUUUAUAUAGGAGCAGUCAUGCUUAAUAUUUCGUUGCUUGUGUCUUGCAUGCAAUGACUGCUUGAAAUGUGUGAUUCAUAAACACCCCCAGGGGCCGAGUAUCUUCUCCAGUGAUGCUCUACCAGGCCUCUUAUUUCAGCUUACUUUGGGGGGCUUGUCCCUUUACAUUUUCGUUUUAGCAAAUGGAAGGCAUGCUUAGUUGGAUUUAGACUGAGUGACUGCCUUGAACUUUGUUGCCUUAGCAGUAUGGUUGGGAUCGUUGUCCUGUUGUUGAAUGAAGCCCCGUCUAAUAAAUUUGGUGGCAUUUGCUUGAGCAGAUGACUUCAUUCUGAUAUGCCAUCAGGAGUUCUGAAUAUAUGAAGAUAAGUGUGCCAGUACCUGAGGCAGCCAUGUAUACCCCAACACAAAAUUCCCACCAUCAUGUUUAACAGAUGAGGUGGUCGGCUUUGGAUCUUGGGCAGUUCUGUUUCACGUCCACACUUUUCUUCUUGCCGUCACUCUAAUGACACAGGUUCAUCUUGGUGUGAUAUGUCCACAAGAUCUUUUUUAAGAACUCAGUAGACUUUUUCAAGUAAUUCUUCGGCAGCUGUAAUCUGGUCGUCCUGUUUCUGUAGCUAACUAGUGGCUUUCAUCUUGCAGUGUACCCGUCUGUGUUUCUGUUUAUGACAUCUUCUGUGGAUGGUAGUCAUUGGCGUAUCCACCCGGCCUCCUGAAAACUGUUUCUGAUCUGUCGGACAAACGUUUGGAGGUUUUUCUUCAUUAUGGGUGAGAAUUCUACUGUCAUCUGCAGUGGAAGUCUUCCUUGGCCCACCAGUGCCUUUGCAAUUCCAAAGCUCACAGUUUCACUCUUUCUUUUGUGAAUUAGGACGCUGUAUAGCGCCCGACCUGGCACAGACUCGGACAGAGGCACGUGUAAAAACACAAAGGCUUUGUUUUUCUUCAGCUGGAGGGCACAUCUUCCCCGUGAACCCCCCAGCCCCAAAGCACUUCAAAUAAAUCACAACACUCCCUUCUCGAACCACCACUCCUCCCUGGCAACCUUGUCCUCUUCCUCCCGAUUCUGGCUCCUGAUUGGUGGUUUUUGGCCCUUUUUACAGCCCACCUGGAAGUACUCCAAGUGCUUGAUCACCUGUUUCUGAGUGCACUUCCAGGUGGGGGCUGUAGAGUUGUCCAGGCCGGCUCAGGGACCCAUGCAGCACCCCCUGGCAGCCACCCCAGAUCCCAACAGCCCUGCGGGAAACUGAGGCACCAUCGUCAGCCAGGGAAGCUGCCACCAAGGGUCCCGGGGGAGGUACUGAGACACCCAUGGUUGCUCCCCUGGAACAUAUGUAGAAGGGACGUCCCGGCCAGACAUGGGACCCGGCCACCCGCCUCACUUUAUGAUAAUGUUUCACGCAGUUGACUUUGGUCAUCCUAAGGUUGGCUGAUGUAUCUCAGUUUUAUGCUUGUUUUUCGGUCUCAUAAUGGCUUCUUUGACCUUCAUUGACGCAAGUCUGUUCUUCAUGUUGAAAAAUGACAACAGAUGACCCCAAAGGUGAUGAAAAGCUUGGAAGCUCUCUUAUAUUUGCACCAAUUACAGGUGUGUUCAAUCUCCCAGACAUUGUGGCAUCCUGAAAUGAGGGGACCCUGUAUAGAAAGUUCUGAUAUUUCUACAUGAUGAAACCAAAAUGUAUAAAAGUAACCUGAGGCUGUAAGCCCUUAAGUCCAUCAGGUUUGUUUGUUUAGCUAAUAGCUGAGCUGCUCCCAAUAUCUCAUCCAGGUCCAUCUUAAAGGUUGUCAGGGUUUCUUCUUCAACUACAUGGCAGGGUAGUUUGUUCCAGACUCUUGCAACUCUUGGUUUAAAGAAGUGCUUUCUGCCUACAGAACAAGAAACCUCAGAGCCCUAUGCUCUUCUGUGACAACAAGCUAAAUGCUGAAUGUGUAGAGACAAAUGUUGAGGUGAUGAGGGAAAUCGCACAGCGGGUCUCCACACAGAAACAGAAGAGCAGGUUCCCCGGAUUUCCUCUGUAAGACAGAAGGGGGAUACGUGGGCUUCGAUUUCAUGGGAUUCUGUCAGCUACACCUAUUACUGUUCCAGGGAUGUCAGGUUGACUUCAUCACACAAAGAAGACCACUUGUGGCCAAAUUAGCUGGACUUCUUAGAAUCUUUUAUUAUACAACAUUUGUUUUUACGAAAUACAUAGGAGAAAUUAUGAAAUAGGGUCACGGGUUCACUCCGUUGCGAAUUGUUUUUUCGGUGAUGCUGAUGCAUUUGGUUAAGGCUGGUUAAUAAAAGAAGGAAUCAUGCGAAUGUUUUCCUUUUAUGGGACCUAAACACUUUAAUUCUUUUUUUUAUAUUUUACAUGUUUUUUUUUUUUAUUUUUGACCUUAACAUGUCUAUUUAUUGCUUGUAAUUUGCGAAAAGUGUAAAUAAAUUGCGGAGUACAAGUCUGUUCAUUCAAAGUAAAA